AUGAGUCAAACAUCCUUGAAACAAAAAAAGAAAAAUGAGCCUGGGAUGAGGUAUUCAAAAGAGAGUCUAGAUGCAGAGAAAAGAAAGGAUUCUGACAAAACUGGAGCUCGUCUGAGCACUCAGAUGAGGCGUGCGGGCUAUCCGAGUCACUCGCUGAGAUGUUGCCCCAUGCGGUAUCACCACUCCUGUAGACGCUGCCUUUGUGCAGCUGAGGGAACUAGCCCCUGUCGCACAAUACGUAUUUAUAUUCACAUGUGCCUGUUGUGGGAGCAGGGCCGGCAGAUCACCAUGAUCAGGGGAUCCCAAGAAUUACCCUUGCAUACUUCAGACUCCCGAGGGUACGUUGUGCGAAAUCAGUGGUCCAGAACAUCACGGAGCCCAUCCACUAGGGCUCCAUCAGUGGAUGAGCCCAGAAGCAGGAAUACCGUUGUCAAGGUAGAGCUACCAGCCCCCAACAGCUCUGCUACCUCUCGAACUUCCUCUGCCUCCGCCAGUCAACGCGAGACCUCGCCUCCACCUCAGGUAUCAGAAGAGAAGCCCUCCAUUCAACAGACCCCACAGAACAGACCUAUCACCCAGCUUGACUCACAACCUCCCACACCCCCAGAAACAGAACCCAACACCAGACGGACAGCGAAGAUGUAUUCGGGCAGUGAUCCAUGGGCUCCCAGGGAAACCAGAGAGCCUAGAGAUCUGCAAUUGAGAGAGUACCCACACAGCUGUGACUCCCGAGAAGGGAUACCUAAGACUCGAGAGUAUCCGCGCACUCCUCCUACUGAGUGGAAGUCUUAUGUCCAGCGCCGCCUGCAGUAUGGCACCUCUGUGGACAUAGACCAGGAAUGCUCUGAUGGCCAGCAGCGACAGAGACAGCAGAUAGAGGAAGACGAGGUGGAUGAGGCCUAUUGGUCAUCUGUGAGCAUGCUGUAUGAGAAGAUCCCCAGCUGUGCCCGACCCAGGCCGCCCAAACCCAAGCAUGCCAUCACCAUUGCUGUCUCUUCCCGUGCACUUUUCAAUAUGGUGGAUGACAGAAAAAUCUAUGAAGAAGAGGGUCUGGAAAAAUACAUGGAGUAUCAGCUCACCAAUGAGAAUGUCAUCCUAACACCAGGGCCAGCAUUUCGGUUUGUCAAGGCACUGCAGCAUGUCAACUCUAGACUCCGUGAUCUGUAUCCUGACGAACAGGACUUAUUUGAUAUAGUACUGAUGACUAAUAACCAUGCUCAAGUGGGAGUACGGCUUAUAAACAGCGUCAAUCACUACGGUCUACUGAUUGACCGCUUCUGUUUGACGGGUGGGAAAAGCCCCAUUGGCUAUUUGAAGGCAUAUCUUACCAACUUGUAUCUUUCUGCGGAUUCUGAAAAAGUACAAGAAGCAAUAAAAGAAGGCAUUGCCUCUGCAACCAUGUUUGAUGGAGCCAAAGACAUGGCUUAUUGUGACACACAGCUCCGCGUGGCCUUUGAUGGGGAUGCUGUCCUCUUCUCAGAUGAGUCUGAACAUAUUGCCAAGGACCACGGUUUGGAUAAAUUCUUCCAACAUGAAACACUAUUUGAAAAUAAGCCUCUUGCUCAGGGUCCUCUUAAAGGCUUUCUGGAAGAUUUAGGGAAACUGCAGAAAAAAUUCUAUGCCAAAGACGAACGAUUGCUUUGUCCCAUCAGGACCUACUUGGUUACUGCUCGGAGUGCAGCGAGUUCAGGGGCCCGUGUGCUGAAGACCCUUCGCCGCUGGGGUCUAGAGAUAGAUGAAGCUCUUUUCCUGGCUGGAGCCCCUAAAGGUCCCAUCUUAGUGAAGAUUCGGCCCCACAUCUUCUUUGAUGACCAAAUGUUCCACAUCGAAUCAGCACAGAAAUUUGGUACUAUCACUGCCCAUGUGCCUUAUGGCAUUGCUCAAAAACGCAACUAG